AUGGCUAAAAUUCUGCUCGACAACUACUGCUUCCCAGAGAAUCUAAUCGGCAUGCAGGAGGCAAUCCAGCAAGCUAUAAACAGCGGAGAAAUCCUGCACACAUCGGAUCAUAAGACACUUGCGGCUGUACUGACCACCGGCGUGCAAGGUGCACUCAAUGACCCCAGGCUGACCGUGUCGUACGAGCCUAACUACGUCCCCGUCACGCCACCUGCUCUUCCGACUCUCCCCACAGAACAGCUGAUACGGCUAAUCAGGAAUUCAGUUAAACUGGAGCUGAUGGAUAACAACGUGGGCUACCUGAGGAUUGACCGCAUUAUAGGUCAGGAGCCAACAGCAAGACUGGGGCGUCUUCUCCACGAGAACAUCUGGAGCAAACUCGUCCAUACUUCAGCGAUGAUCUUCGACCUGAGGUUCAGCACAGCAGGAGAGUUGUCCGGUGUUCCAUACAUUGUUUCGUAUUUCUCAGACCCUGACCCACCUCUCCACAUAGACACAAUCUAUGACCGACCCACUAACACAACUAGGGAGGUAUGGACGAUGGCAAAUCUUCUUGGAGAUAGGUACGGUAAAAGAAAAGACUUGAUCGUUUUAAUCAGCAAGCGCACCGUGGGGGCCGCAGAAGCUGUCGCCUACACUUUAAAGCAUCUCAAAAGGGCUAUUGUUGUUGGCGAAAGGUCUGCAGGAGGGUCAGUCAAGGUUCAAAAGAUAAAUAUUAACGAUACAGGUUUUUACGUUACAGUCCCUGUUGCUCGAUCCACCAGCCCUAUUACAGGCCAGAGCUGGGAGGUCAAUGGGGUUUCACCAUCUGUUCCAGCAAACCAGAGAGAAGCACUGUCAAAGGCCAAGGCCCUGCUGGCUGCCAGAAGAGCCAUCCCAAAGGCAGUCAAGAGAGUAUCGGAAAUUAUCCGACAGUUUUAUUCAUUCACAGACAAGAUCCCGGCUUUACUGAACCAACUAGCAACCACAGACUUUUCCUCAGUCAUUUCUGAGGAGGGCUUAGCAGCCAAACUGAAUUAUGAGUUGCAAACUGUGUCUGAAGACUCACGUUUAAGUGUCAGGGUCAUGCAAGAGGUUCUGGUCAUCACUGAAGAUGUCCCAGAUGUAGAUGCAACCAUACUGGAUGCAGACCUUGUUGACACGUUGUUUGAAAUUGAAAUAUUGUCUGGAAAUAUAGGAUACGUCCGCUGCGAUAGGUUCCCCAAAUCAUCAGUCUUUGGUAGGCUUGCAGAACAGGUCUGGGAGGUGAUCAAGGAAACUGAAAAUCUUAUAAUCGACUUGCGCUACAACACUGGGGGAUCAUCAGAAGCACUGCCUGUUCUCCUCUCCUACCUGUAUGACAGUUCACCAACCAUUCAUCUCUACACAAUCUAUGACAGGAUUCAGAACGUAACUACUGAUUUCCAUACUUUACCUAACAUCACCGGGACCUCUUAUGGUUCCAAAAGGGGAGUAUACGUGUUAACAAGCUAUUACACUGCUGCAGCUGGCGAGGAGUUUGCCUACCUGAUGCAGUCCCUCCACCGGGGUACGGUCAUCGGAGAGAUAACGUCCGGGACACUCCUUCACUCAAGGUCUUUUCAAGUUGAAGUCACAGGCAUCUUCAUUACUGUUCCAGUCAUGAACUUCAUCGAUAACAACGGUGAAUGCUGGCUAGGCGGUGGUGUAGUCCCCGACGCCAUAGUGCUGGCCGAAGAUGCAAUCAAUCAAGUUCAUGAUAUCAUAGAGUUUCACAAGAACAUUCACUCCUUAGUGCAAGGAGCAGGUGACCUCUUAGAAACACAUUACGCCAUUCCUGAGGUCGCAUCCAAAGUCAGUCAAGUGCUCCAGUCCAAGCUGGCAGAGGGAAUGUAUCGCUCAGUCGUCGAUUAUGAGUCUCUUGCAUCUCAGCUCUCUGUGGAUCUCCAGGAAACCUCGGGUGACCACAGGCUUCACAUUUUCUAUUGCGAAAUUGAACCAGAGUCCCAGCACAAGCCGCCCAAAAUCCCGUCGCCUGAGGAAGUGGCCUAUAUUCUUGAGGCCCUCUUCAAAACGGAGGUGUUUCCCGGGAACGUCGGCUAUCUGAGGUUUGACAUGAUGGCUGACAUAGAAGUUGUGAGAGCCAUGGGCCCACAGCUGAUCAAAAUGGUGUGGAGUAAGCUGGUGAACACUGACAUACUGAUCAUCGACAUGAGGUUCAACACAGGAGGCUAUUCCACGGCCAUUCCACUCUUCUGCAGCUACUUCUUCGAGGCAGAACCCUUGAGGCACUUAUAUACCAUUUUUGAUCGCUCCACUACAACCAUGACUGAAGUUAUGACUCUUCCAGAGGUUCUGGGACAGAGGUAUGGCUCAAAGAAAGACGUUUAUAUUCUGACAAGUCAUGUGACCGGGUCGGCUGCGGAGACAUUCACUCGGACUAUGCAGGACCUGAAAAGGGCCACGGUGAUUGGGGAACCUACGAUCGGAGGCUCCCUCUCUAGCGGGACGUACCAGAUUGCAGACAGCAUCCUUUACGCUUCCAUUCCUAAUCAGGUAGUUUUGAGUGCAGUGACUGGAAAAGUGUGGAGCGUAUCUGGAGUUGAGCCACAUGUAUCGGCUCAGGCGAGCGACGCUCUGAAUGUUACCCAGAGACUAAUUACUGCAAGACGCCAGACAUUAGAGUCCGGGAUGUAG